CAAUUCCGGCGUCCUGCUCCGCAGCGGACACGAAGUUAUUUUCCCCCUGUGGGGCGCUGGGAGACACUGGGUAAAGCAGUUCGCAUUUCGUCUUAACGCCAGAUGAAGCCAGAAGCCAGCUCAGGCGGACCCCUCCCCUCCAACCCCAGCCGGCCCGCCCACCUGCCCCAGUUCCACCCGGCCAUGCCUGGUCUUGCUUGCCUCCCUGUUUCCAUGACAACGCCAAGGGAGCCCAAACUGGGGGCCUGAAUGCCAGAGUGAGAGGAGGAGAGAAGUGAUCCAAAGCAGAGAGAAACCGAGUGGGGGUACGUCUAAAGCUCCCCUCCUUGCCUCUGUCCCUUUAAGCUCCCCCCCUCCCUGCUCUCCCUCCGCCCCGCGUCCCCCCUUUCUCCUCUGUCUUCAUCUCUCCAUCUCUGCGCUGCUGCUAGCUGCGCAAUCUGCGCACCCAGACUCCGGCCCCAGACGGCGACCCUGACUCCAGGUGCAGCGACCCAGUCCCAGAGAGACCACAGGCAUGUCAUCUGAAAAGUCAGGCCUCUCGGACUCAGUCCCUCACACCUCUCCACCACCCUACAAUGCCCCCCAGCCCCCGGCCGAACCCCCCGCCCCGCCCCCACAGACUGCCCCCUCCUCACACCAUCACCACCACCACCACUACCACCAGUCCGGCACAGCCACCCUCCCACGCUUAGGGGCAGGCGGCCUGGCUUCUGCGGCUGCUGCUCAGCGCGGUCCCUCAUCCUCCGCCACUCUGCCGCGGCCCCCACACCACGCCGCGCCCGGCCCGGCCGCUGGGGCGCCCCCACCCGGCUGCGCUACCUUGCCCCGCAUGCCACCCGACCCUUACCUGCAGGAGACUCGCUUCGAGGGCCCAUUGCCCCCGCCGCCGCCGGCCGCCGCCGCCCCGCCCCCGCCGGCGCCCUCUCACACUGCCCAGGCCCCGGGCUUCGUGGUGCCCACGCACACGGGGGCUGUAGGCACACUGCCACUGGGAGGCUACGUGGCCCCUGGCUACCCCUUACAGCUGCAGCCUUGCACUGCCUACGUGCCGGUCUACCCGGUGGGCACGCCCUAUGCAGGCGGGACCCCAGGGGGAACUGGAGUAACCUCUGCACUUCCCCCGCCACCCCAGGGCCCUGGGCUGGCCCUGCUGGAGCCAAGGCGCCCUCCACACGACUAUAUGCCCAUCGCGGUGCUGACCACCAUCUGCUGCUUCUGGCCUACGGGCAUCAUCGCCAUCUUCAAGGCAGUGCAGGUGCGCACGGCCUUGGCCCGCGGAGACAUGGUGUCGGCCGAGAUCGCUUCACGCGAGGCCCGGAACUUCUCCUUCAUCUCCCUGGCGGUGGGCAUCGCAGCCAUGGUGCUCUGUACCAUCCUCACCGUAGUCAUCAUCAUUGCAGCACAGCACCACGAGAAUUACUGGGAUCCAUAAGGACGCCCCCGCCCAGGCCCCACCCUGCGCCCCUCGACCUCCCAAUCGCGUUCGGCAGUCACGCUGCGGAACCAAUCGGCGCCGCGCACACCUGCCCUCUGGGGCCACCGGACCUCGAUACUUCCUAAACUCGGCCUCCUCGCCUUGCGGGCACGCUCCGAAUCCAGUUCCUCAGGAACCCCGAAAAAACAACACACUUCCAGAGACGCCUUUUCCCGGGAUCCCUGCCAUACGCCAGUCCCUCAGUCGCUGCAGGCCCCCAUCCCCUCUAAAUGCAGCUCCCCAAGGCCCCGCCUCCCAGGUAGGCUCCGCCCCGUCUGCGACACAACCCCGCCCUCUUCCUCGCGUGGUGAUUCAGUCCGGUGAUUGGGUUUGUGGCUCCAGGCCUUGCCCCCAGACCGGCAGACUACUCCCCUACUUCCGGCGCUAGGGCAGAGCCUCGAGGCAGCCACGCGCCGUGUUCACUCGCGUUUUUGCUGGUACAGUUUAGUCUCUCUUCCACCUGGUGGUCCGCCUAUUUUCUUGCUAAUCCCAGAAUCUCUAUUUUUGUUUGGAAUGAGAUUUGGGUGGUUCCCAGUUUAGCACCCUUCACCUUGGGAUGAAGAGUACGUCCCCGUUUUCUGUACAUACUCCCACUUUUCCUGCCCCCAGGGCAGUUGAGCAGAAGGAAACCCAGGGUACAGACCUCCCAAUGUCGGGAGGGAGCCGGCCGCUCUCCGCUCCCCUCGGCAGUCCCCACCUUGCUCUGAUCAGUAUGUGAGUCUGUGUAUGAAUUUCUGAAAGACAAUAUUAAAGAGACUAAGUGAAUUUA